GUUUCGUGUAGCUAACUGCUCUAUGAAUAAAUCAUCGUGGAGAGUUUUUUGGAGCUAAGUAUUUUCGAAGACAUUUAUAAUCCCUGUUGAACCAUCACUGUGAUAAGAAAAUAUAGUGAAAAUAAUUCUAUCUUCUCGUAUAACAUUGGCGACUGAACGAGUUUUGUUUAAUCCGCCGGGCGGGACGUAACACUUUAUUUUUAAUCACACCGGGAUUAUGACAGACGCUGGCUUCUUUAAGGGUACAAGUGCUGAGCAAGAUGCCAGGUUCGCUGAUAAAAAGAAAAAGCUAAUGAAAACUAUGAAAUUCGGAGAAAACUUGGCUCAAAAGGCAUGAGCUCUAUUUGUCAUUUAUUUCCAGGUUGACAUGUCCAAAAUUAAUUUGGAGUCUAUAAGACCAUGGAUUGUUAAACGUAUAACAGAGCUUUUAAACUUUGAGGAUGAGGUCGUCUGUGACUACAUUUUCAACCAACUGGAGGAGCGCCAUCCAGACCCAAAGGAAAUCCAGAUUAAUAUAACGGGAUUUUUAAACAGCAAAAAUGCGAGGGUGUUUUUGUCCGAACUAUGGGAUUUAUUGUUAUCUGCCAUGCAGACACCAGAUGGCGUUCCUGCAGCUUUUCUGGAGGCCAAGAAAGAAGAGAUCGCAAAGCGUCAGGAGGACGAAAAGUUUGUUCUCGAAAUGAGAAAGAGGGAAAAUGAGCUAAUUCAGAAAGGAACUAAUCGAACGUCUAACAUGAGUUCCGAACAAAUAGAUAAUCAGAAGCGCGUUUCGUCUGUCAAAAGCAAUGGAGUAGCAGAAUCUGAAGAGCCGGAAACUUUUACCAAUCGCAACCGUUCUACUUCACGAACAGCAUCACCAGCUCCUCAACCACCUACAACUACUACAGAAAGUCGUGAAAAACUCGAUGAAGCAACUAGUCGAACUGCUCAUCGAGAUGAAACGAGUUCGUCGCGUUCCCCUGAACAACACCGUCGCCGUCGUCAUCAUCACUCUCCUGAGAGAUGUCCGGUCGACACAAGACACCGUAGAUCACAUUCACGCACUCGUCAUCGUCGUCAGCGUUCCAAAUCUCGCUCCAAGCUGGUGCAAAAGCCGAAAUCACCUGUCACUGAUUGGAGAAAAGACUUGAUGGCCGGUAGACGUCGCAGUCCACCGGAAAUGCCUGAAAGUAGUUAUUAUGGAAACGAAAAACGUUCAAAAGGCCAUAAGCAUUCCAAAAAGCAUGAUAAACAAAGACAUGGUAACAGUCAUUCACACAAAUCUCACAAAAGGUCUCCGUCUCACAACGCAGACUAUUAUCGACCUCGCAAGCAUACUCAUAAUUCUGGAUCCCGACACCGUAACAUGGUCGAAGUUAACGAGAGAGAUCAAAGAUCAGGUUAUUUAGAACAAUCAAGAAAAGAUGGUUUUGCUGAAAACUACAGAAAAUAUGAAGGUCCUGACCUACCUUCUCAUUAUGAUUAUCGUUCGUCUAGUAGAUACAGACAUGAUGCUGAAUCACACGGUCGCAACGCAAGCCCAGAACCAAGCCGCGCGCGUGAUAGAGAAUCUGAUUGGCAUCUCAGAGAUCAUGAUCACCGACAUAGUCACCAUCCUGGUCACAUAAAAAGAAGAGAAACCUCAUCUGGACACGAAAAUUUGUCCUUUGAAAGACGCCAGUAUCACCGUUUACCGAGUCCUGAAGGGCCGUCAUUGCCCCCAAAUAUUUCCAAAAGACCUUCAGAUUCUAGGAUAAUCGAAGGAGUCCCCAGUAAGCGUACAAAACGUGAGGCAUCUGCUUCGUCAAGCAGCUCAUCAACCAGCAGCAGCAGCUCUAGUAGUAGUAGUAGUAAUAGUAGUAGUAGUAGUGGAAGCUCCAGUAGCAAUGAAAGCGAAAGCGAAGGAAAUGGAGAAGAAUCUAAAAAGCCGAAAAUUGAAAUCCCAAAGAAAGAACCCAUCCAUGAAGGUCCUGCUCUCCCUCCAGAGCUGGAGGUAUCUCAACCUGAAGGUCCUGCUCUUCCUCCGGAUGUUGAACUCGCUGUAGAGUGGUCGGAAAACCCAGCUCAUUCUGGAUCUACAUCCCCAAGUUCGACAACUUCAGGAUCUUCUACUGGUGACGAACAUAGUGAGGAAUCGGGAUCAAGUUCAAGUGAUAGUGACAGUGGCAGCAGUAGUAGUAGUGGUACCGGUAGUAGCAGUAGCAGUGAAAGUGAUAAUGAAGCCAACACGAAACCUCAUAAAUCUGAAAGAAACGGUAAACACCCUAAAAGUCUUGGAAAUCAUAUGUCUCCUGAAGGUCCUGCUUUACCUCCUACCUCUAGCUCUAAUUCACAUAAGAAUGUUGAUAACAUCUACACUUUUGUAGCACAUGCACGUUGUGUAGUGCGAAAACUCUACUAUCAUUAAUGUAGUUUGGUUAAAAAUUGAAUAAAAACGCUUUCAUAUUGAUCCUUUACUGGUUCAUCGAGGGUUUUAUUAUUGUAUCAGUUUAUCUCCGAUAGUGAUCUGAAUCCCGCUCUUUUCGUGUCUGGCAUUGUGAAGAAACAAUUAAGCAUUAAGUCGCUGUUGAAUACUCUCAUGAGUGGGUGGGAUCACAUGAAAGAAUUGUACGUGGUUGUUAUGCUUUACGUUUUCUCUAAGUCCUAGUAUUCAUAAUCAGAACUUGUGACAUCUAUGGAAGCUUGACCUGUUCUUACAGUAAUCUUGGGCACCUUAAAUAUCUAUGGAAAUUCGGAUCUCUACUUGUUCAUGUUGACAUAAUUCUAAGACUUAUUUUAAAACUAUAGAGUCAUCUAGCUGUUAUUAAAUCAUAGGUUAAUUGUUUAUCCUAGUUAUUUAAUGCAGACGUUCUUGUAAUCCAUUGCUUGAAUUAUAGCCCUACUGACUAUCCUUUCAGGACAAAUUGAUCUAGUACGUAUAUGCAAUUGGUGUCUGUGACGUAUAUUUAGUUUAGGCCUUUUGCCCCAGCGUCAUUGCAAAAGUUAGUCAAAGUAAGAAUAACAAUCACAGAAUAAAAUGAAUUUAUUUUAUGUCAGCUGCCAGGAGGCUUUAAUAUUCAUCGAAUUUCGUGCCUUCUGCUUUCUUACACUUUACCAGUCGGACAAGUUGUAUAGAUUUGGAACGUCGUUGACAUUCUUUGUCCACUCAGUCAUAGCGUAGUACUUUCAAGAAGUUUGCGUCAACAUAAGUGCCCACAUCAAAUUAGGAUAAUUAGGUAAAAAUAAAAAUAUGGACAGCUGAACGUAAUAAUAAUAUCAGUGAUUUUAGAAGACUAAGCAAAGAAAAUGACUCACGAAGAAAGAAUUGGUUCACGGAGUAAAAUUUUCCAUAAUAUUGAAACUCGUAAUCAAGCAUUUGAGGGAAAGGAAUGCAUGCAAUUGCUCGUGUCAGCUAGAUCUGUCUGAGGAUUCACUGCUUCAUCUAUCGACUAGGCCAAUAAAAUACUCCUAACCUCAGCAUUAGUCACUCGGUUCUACUGUAUGCAAUCAUUGCUUGAAAGACGUCUUGUGGUUAAUGUACGUCUCCCGUUUUCACGAACCAUGUUCCACGGCAAUACAGAGCAGACAUCCUCACACCGCAAGUAACCUCAAAUAGCAAAAGCCACACGAGUUUUCUGAAUCCAUGUAGAGAUUUCAUCAUGAACAAAACCAUCAGAGUCAAUGAAACCAAGAUAUGUGGAUUGGUUGGCGCACCCAACUACUUUACUCUUUAUCAUUAGUUCAGGUUGACGCAAACCAGUCAUAGAGCAACGUUUUGAAUUAAGGAGGGGAGGAAUGUAUCUCGAACGAGCUUAAAUCGUUUUCAAAGCCAUUUAAAAGACUAGUCUUAGUGUCUUUACUAAACAGGGGUAUGUCUUCUACGUACUCCAGGUAGGUAAAUGAGAUGAGUGUGAUUCUUAAGAUGAUAUCUAUGACAAAGACAGAGAUAAUGGACUCCCGUAACGAAGAUCACCUAAAGUUGACGAUUCCAACAAUAGUUGGACCUGAGCGUUGACUCGAUCAAUAUUGCCUGUAUAAAGGGCUUUCAUACACAUUAGCACACCUUUUAACGAGGAACCGAGUGGUCUGGCACUGAUUUGUUUUAAGGAAGUUUUCAAGGCUCUCCGUAACUCUUUAAGCCCCUAACUUAUGCUAAAAUUCGUAUUUUAGACUACUUUAAGCACUGAUAAAAAUACAACCAACUUAAGCAUUCUUCAUAUUCUUAUCUUCGAGGUAAACAUAGGGAAACUUGUCAGCUGUCUACUUUCUGAUACUUAGGAAAGAUAGAUUUAUCUGUAUAAGCAUCAAUUCAUGAUCCAUUUACUAGUUUGGGGAUUAUCUGAAACAUGAAUAAGGAUGACACUUGCUUUGUAGUAACCAUCUUCUAUAUUCUAUUUUGUGAAAGUUAAUUAUUUAUUUUUUUUAUGUAGAGGAUUGACCCCCAUGAAUCAGUUGAAGAGGUUUUACGUCGACGGGCUUUGGAAUCUUUACUUCGAAGCUCACAAAAACGCCGCGGUUCUCCUUAGAUGGAAUGAGUCGAUUUCCAUUGAUUUGUGGAUUAAAUUUUACAAUAUUUUCCUCUUUCAUUAUUUGAGACAACACAUACUUUUGCCGGUUUAAAUAAAUAGGAAAUAAAUGUAAACAAAAGCUGGGUCAUUUUCCUAAAAAUUCUUCAAUAUGAUCAGAUAUCUUCAUAAUAAACCAGUGUAUUGUCAGUUGUCGAAUUUCCUUUAACCCCCUUUUGUAUAGACACUUCAAAAAUUCAUCAAUUAUGUUUGUUGAAAUGAAUGUUAAAUUGUAUUUUUUUGAAGAAUUGCAUGUCUUAAUUAUACUGGGUUUUAUAAUAUGCAAUGUUUAUAUAACUAAACAAAUUGAAAAUAUACUCUUUCAUGAUCAGCGUUAAAUAUCUGUAUUGUAAGCAUGGUAGCAAACAGUUAUUUGCCAUUUUCUCUCUUCUUAAUCCAUUUGAAAUUUAUCAAGAAAGCGUAUUUAACUGAAGUUCUACUUAAAAAGUGAGGUUUUUUUGCAUUAAGAA